ACAGAUUUGAUAAGUGACCUUGACCAUGAGUGUAUACUUUGUGGAGACUCCUUGCGUGCAUUCUAUUCUAAGUAGUAAACUUGCGGAGUACUGCGAUGGAUGUUUUAAGAAUAAUUCCAGUCUUAUGUCUUGCUCAUCCUGUAAAAUGAUGAGAUAUUGUAGCCGUAAAUGUCAGCGUCGUAUGUGGCAUGAUCACAAGCAUGAAUGCAAACAAUACAUGAAGUGUGGGCGCCUGCCUACAGCUCAGGUCCGUCUUAUUUUAAGGAUUAUCAACAUUCAGGUUUGUGUUGACUAAGCAUUAUAGGUCUUUAGAGUGAACUAAAGAGUGGAUUUAACUCUCUCGUCUCGCGUGAGUGUAACCAUAUAUAUGUAUACAUACAUAUAUGUUCGUAUCUCUUUCAGAUGAGCAGGAAAUACUUGCGAAUAGUAAUUUAAUGGAGGCCUACCACGCUAUAAGGAUGACACUGUCUGAAUUUUCGGCAGAGAGACUGCCUGUGGAUGAAGAAGCCAUUUUCCGAAUUUUUUGUAGAAUUCAAAUUAAUAGUUUCAUGGUUACCGAUGUCAAUGGCACGGAUGUUGGGCCUGCACUGUACCUUAGAGCGGCUCGUCUAGAUCACUCAUGUGUUCCAGAUUUGCAGUAUAUAUUUUCUGAUCGUGAGAUUGUUUUGUGCAAAUACUCCCCAGAUAUGAACUCAUCGCCUCGCAUCAACUACUAUGACUAUAUGACAACCACCGAAGAAAGACAAAAUAAUUUGAUGAAAAACUAUUACUUUAAGUGUGAUUGCAGCUUGUGUCUAGACACUGACCGCGAAAAAAAGAUCACUUCACUUGUCUGCUGUUCACCUGAGUGUUUGAGUGAUCCCAUAUUAUGUGACGAAUUGCCUUCAUCAGCCAGAGUAAAAGAGUGCAAUAAAGAUGUAGCAAUGAAACCUGUUGUGCGUUACUGUCCUGUAUGCUUACAAAUUUAUGAUAAUCAAGUGAUAAACCAAAUUAUGGACGAUCUGUAUGGUAAAACUAAGACUUGUCUCGACGUUGAUAUUGCUUUAGAUGCCAUUAUCAUGUACCUGCGGUGUUGUCAAACUAACAAACCGAUUCAGAAAACUGAUCUGAUAACAGUUAAAGACAUAAAAGCUGAGGCUUCGCAUCAGUAUUACAAAUUAUUUGGUCAUCAGGAUAGUUUGUACUUAGCACGAUGUUGUUCUCGUGUUCAGUAUAUAACUACAGUGCCGAUUGAUUCGACACUAGCCAGCUUGAACAAGCGUCAUAACUACUGUGAAAAAAAGUUCAGAGUUUCCAAAGAUACCUUAGUAAACAUCGUGAUUGCUUGCAUUCUCUAUGAAUUCUAUUGGAGAACUGAUUGGUUACCAUCGGAUCGUUUCCAACUUGGUCAACUAGUCUAUUCAGCAGCCUCUUUCUUAUUAUCUAAUAUAAAUGAUACCAAUGAAUUUCAAACUUGUGACCGAAUGAAUCAAAUUAAAAGAUUUUUGAUGCAUAAAUACAAUAAAAUGGAUUGCUUAGGUCAGGUUCUAUGUAAAUUUUCAAGGAUAGCAUGUGAUGCACUCGGUCCACUUGUUGAAUAUCGUUCAAAUUGGCGACAAGGUCUCAGUGUACUGGAACAUUAUAAAGCUCAAGACAUAGGAGGCGCUACUAAUAAUUUCUUGGAAUUGAGAUGAUUUAACCUUCAAUAAUUGUUAUCAUUCUUGCCAGUGUAUUUAUUUAUGUCUACAGAUGUCGUGUAAAAUAAUUAUCAAUUUAGUAGGGAAAUGAAUACAAAAUACACUGAGGGAAAUUGUAUUUUUUUGUACUCGCAUUAUUUACCUUCCUGAUAUGUUUAUUUGCAUAAAAGCCAGUGUUUGAAAAUCCUUGAGCAUUUUUAUAACAGGUAUCUCAAUGUAUCAGUUGCAUUAAAAACAUUUUUGGUCCUUAUUUUCCUUACAUACAUUGGGCAAAUAUAUGUUUUAAGAACAAGAUAUUC